AUGGCAUUGCAACUCACCGCACCCACUAAGGAUUGGUCAAUGCUAUUCCAGCCCGAGGACCAGGACCGGCCAGCUCCCAAUUCUUUGAAUACUUCCUCGCUAGAGUCACUCCAGCAGCAGGUCCGCGCACUACAAGCCGAGCUAAAGGAUGAACGCGUUAUAAGGGAAAGGGCCGUUAAGGAGGCUCAUGCAUCACGGGAAAGAGCUGCUGCGGAAGUACAGGCACUACAAACAGCACUCAAUGAGGCUGUUAAGCAGGCCAAUGGGCUCGGCAGGCCUCUGGACCUACUAUACGAAAAUCUCCGCGCUUACAUCAAGCAAGGAGACGAAGCCCUUAAGGACGGGGGACUGGAUUCCUUGUCCAGGCACGUCAAAAUAUGGAUAGACCAAUUCGAAAAGAUCGUCGAACAGUAA